UACUGUUGUAAAACAGUAAGAUCAUUUUAAUUACACCACUAAAAAAGACACGCAUCAGUAAUUAGACACUCUCCAUCCUUAGGCGUAUCCAUCUCUGAAGCACUUGGCGUCUUGGACAAGGGACCUGUGCCAGCGCGUGGAGCAGUUUGCUCGCUGGGCGGAAACCACUUGCCUUCCUGUCCUCUUCUGGCUGUCUGGAUUUACCUUCCCUAUGGGCUUCAUCACCGCUGUACUGCAGAGCUCUGCACGCCAGAACAAUGUGUCUGUAGACACUCUAUCCUGGGAGUUCACUGUCAACACUAUGGAUGACAAGAAUCUGCUUUUCCCUCCCAAGGAUGGAGUGCUUAUCCCGGGGCUGUAUCUGGAGGGGGCGGGCUGGGAUAAGAAAGCUUCCUGUCUGGUGGAGGCAAAGCCAUUGCCGCUGGUCUGUCCCAUGCCCUCCAUCCACUUCAGACCUGUGGAGAGCCUCAAGAGGGUCUCCAAGAGUGAGUACACAGUCCUACACACAUCCCUGUGUUACUGA